GCAGGCAGACACGCUGCAGGAUUUACUUCACGGAGAACAGAGGCCGUCUCACAGUUUAUUACUGAAUACUGACUACAGCUGAAACAAUGGUUGAUGCUUUCUGCGCAACAUGGAAACUGGUCGACAGCCAGAACUUUGAUGAAUACAUGAAGGCACUUGGUGUUGGUUUUGCCACAAGACAAGUGGGCAAUGUCACCAAACCAACAGUGGUGAUCAGUCAGGAUGGGGACAAACUGGUGGUGAAAACCCUGAGCACCUUCAGGAACACUGAGAUCUCCUCCAAACUUGGAGAGGAGUUUGAUGAGACCACAGCUGAUGACCGACAUGUCAAAUCUACCUUCACCAUGGACGGAGACAAACUUGUGCAAGUGCAAAAGUGGGACGGCAAAGAGACCAAGUUUGUCAGAGAAAUCAAGGAUGGGAAGAUGGUGGCGACUGUGACUUUUGAAGGAGUCCAGGCAGUCCGCACAUAUGAGAAAGCCUAAAUAAGCAAAAUCAUCCCUGCACUGCAAACGAUCAACAAGUUGUUUUUUUUAUUAACAAAAAUGUUUGUUUUUUUUAAAGUAUGCCGUGAUUUGCCCUUGAUUUGCUUUUUGUAACAUGAGAUAAAUAUUAUGGGAAAUCUUUUGUAAGAAAUUCCAACUGUGAAGGGCCUAAAACUGUUUCAUCCUGUGCAUCACAUGUCAAAAUGGGAAAAAAUAAACUGCUUGACUAAACCUU